AUGUUCCCGCUUUUGCAUAUACUGGUCACAUCAGUGGCCAUCUGGGUGACUUGGUGUCUGGCUAGCUUGAUCAACAAUCUAUCUCAGGCGCGAGCGACCGGCUUAAAAUAUGUGAUUUUGCCAUGUUCACUACUGGGUGCUCCCUGGCUCUUGAGUCAAUCCGUGUUCCUCCCGCUUCUGGGGGCUCUUCCCCACCCGUGGACAGUCAACUGGCUUCCACUGCUCAUCUUCAAUGACGCCUGGCAUAAUGGCUAUGAACCCUUCGAACGAGUCGGUGUCGAUACUUUCCUUGCUGUCUCGCCUGGGGGUAUCAUUCUAUACACUUGUGAUGCCGAUGUCUCUUCCCAACUUUUUCGCGAUGGUCGGUUCGGAAAGCCGGCUCAUCUGAUGCAGAUCUUGAAUAUUUUUGGUCCGACAAUGACAGGUACAGACGGAGCCGAGUCCCGGUUAUAUCGUCGCAUCGCAGCUCCAUUCUUUAACGAGGCCACACUGCGACAGGUCUUUUCUCAUUCUGUCGAAGGCGGUCGGGAGUUGCAGCUGGUAUUGAGACAGGAUACAGCAUAUCGUCAGCUUCGCACGCUCGCGGCGCGAGUUUCACUUCACUUGCUGAAUCGAGUGUGCAACCAGAAUCAAACCUCUGAGGAUUUAGUGCGCGCAUUACGGUUUAAAGAGAAGCCUACAGGGACACAUCGCAUGACUUACACCGAUGCUGUGCAUACGCUGCUGAACCACUAUGAGACUGUUUUCCUGUUCCCUCCUGGCCUGCUCAAGCUGUCGCCUUCCCACGCACAUCGCAAGGCCGCAAUGGCAUAUAUUGAAAUGGAUCAAUAUAUGCAGGAGCUCGUAAGACGGGAACAGGUUAAGCCUCGACCCUCGUCAACAGAGCAGAAGACCCUUCUAGACCGCCUUGUCGAAGCAGCCCUCCCCUUCUCCACUGAAAGUAAUGGCGCCAUCCUCAACAAAGACCAACUGUUUGGCAAUGUCUGGCUUUUUAUGUUCGCGGGCCAUGAGGCCAAUGCCAAUACGCUGACAUUCAUCAUUAUCCUUCUUGCGUCCCAUCCCAACAUCCAACGCGCCUUGCAAGCCGACAUCGACUCGAUAAUUGGUGAUACCCCAUCAGAUCAGUGGAGCUAUGACCUUCAUUAUAAGCAUUUGAUGAGUGGUUACGUUGGCGCCGUUAUCAACGAAGCCCUUCGUCUAUUCACUGUUCUUCCUGUGCUCCCAAAGUACGUUGCCCCGUCGGGUCCUCCGAUUCCCAUCACCGUCCAAGGGCAAAGCCACCCCUUGCCACCAGGAACAGUCGCAUUUGUCAAUACUAGUGCCACCCAUCGCCAUCCAAAAUACUGGCCACGUAAAAGCGAGUCCGCGAAAGCUGCAUUAGGAGACCCUAAAAAGCGACCCUUCGGAAUGUCGGACUUUGACCCAGAAAGGUGGCUCAACUUGAAUGAAAGGGAGAGUCAGAUCGAUUCUCAGAACCUUGAUUCCUUCCUCAAUCCUUACCCUGGGACAUUUGUCCCGUUCUCCGAGGGAAGCCGUGCGUGUUUGGGAUAUCGCUUUGCGCUCGUGGAGUUGUGCGCCGUGGUAGUGAGUCUGUUCAAGGAGUCUUCCGUUAGACUUCUCACUCGAAAUGAAGAAGUCAGAAACGGUACAUCUGAGGAGGUCGCGGAUUCAUGGGAAGCAGCAAGGGAUCGUGCGGAACUUGCUCUGUCGGAGGGUGUGAAAUUUGAUAUGAGUUUACGAGUCACUCAGAGUGUGCCGAUAAAGUUCGAACCGCGGGUUUGA